AUGACCAAGAAAGCAGUUGCGAGCUGCACGGGCAUCACGGCUGGCCAGGCCAAGCGGGGUAUCGUUGAAGGCCUCAUCCAGCUCGGAUGCUUUCAGAAGGUUACCAACGCAGAUGGCAUCGGGUGCAUCGCGAUCGACGCGGCGUGUCUCCAGCGCCCCGUGACCGCGUUUCCCGACCUCAGUUUUCUGCAGCAGCUUCCGUCUGCACCAACCGCGGACCGCUGGCCGCCAACUCCUCGACGAUCAACACACGAGCCGGCUCUUUGCACUGCGGCAAGCGCAUCUCGCGGCGAAGGAGGCACGCUCUACGACGCGCUGAUCGAGCAUUUUGUUGUGCACGUGCACGGUGCCGUGUACGCGGAGAUGAGCAAGAAGCAAAAACACUUCAAGGUCAAGAAGAUCACUACGCUGCUCCGAAAGGCCGGCUACGUGAGCAAUAUUCCGCGCACGGCCCAGCAGGUUCUGCAAUGCGUCCUGCGCGACCGCUGCCUCACCUGCGUCGACGGUACAGCCAUCGUGGCCGUGCGUGCCAGCCCCUUUUCGUUGCCGGCCGCAAUGCGCCACGGCGUGACGGCCCUCGUGCAGACGUGGGCGGCAAAGAUUGCGAUCGCUCCGCACGAAAUGGCAAGCCUUCGAGCGCAGCUUCACAAGGCCGAGGCUAUCGAAGGGUUGCCAGGCAUGGCCGAGCAAGCACUCGACGCUUUGUGUGCUCUUCGGUGCAUGACCACUGUCCGAAACCGCAAGUCCGCACUCUGCCUCGGCAUCGACCCGUCGCUUGUCCAUCAGUCGUUGGCUUUGUUCCCGGACGCGUCGUUUCUGCGUUCCACGGAGUCGGUCGCGGCGCUCUCCCCUACAGCGUCCUCUCCUUCGCUGCCGCUUUGUCACCCAACACCGUCACCCGUCCUGGUCUCUCCCGCUCCGCCCAGAGAAGGCGUGGAUGAAUACAGUACAAGCGCAUGCCACUCGAGGUUCGAGAACACGCUCGGCGACGUGCUUCUCUACGCACUUGCCGAUCACAUUCGUCGUCUAGCGUACGAUGCGAUCCGCGGGGCAAAGGCCCGGUACAACUUUUCAGCCAAAGUACCGCUGCUCCUGCGUGCGACGCGCUACAUACCGCCGGCCUCGUACACGGACACGCGCAAGGCGCUCCUCGAUCUACUGCUGCGCGACGAGAACUUGGUGUUUGUCAAGCCCCUCUUUGUCGUCUCGCGGGAUCAACGCUUGCUGCCGCUGCUGCCGCCGGCGCGCCAUUGGACGUCUGAAGCAACGCCUGCUGCCAUGCUUCAUGGGCUGGUGACAGCGCUGGCGAUUGCACCCAUCGCCAUGACAGGCAUAGCGAGAGCUGCGACGUCGACGCUUGUGGUUCGUGGCGUCCACGACGUCGCGACGGUCGUGCCCAAGCUCAUUGCGGACCUCAUGCAGCUCGAAUACGUCGUGGCCACACAAGACAAGGGCCGGGAAAUCUACUUGACGAUCGAUAUGGCGUGCCUUCAUCGGCCAGCAGACGACUUUGCCAUCGUGCCAGCACCCGAGUCGUGGCUCGUACACAGCGCGACCGCACCGACGCCGUAUGUCACUGCAGCAACCUCCUCAGUGCCACCGACACCAGAGGCACAUGACGCACCGAUGUCCCCGUCGUCCAGCUUGUCGAGCAGUGCGCAAGAGAGCGUCGGGUCGCCUGCAUCGUCGUCUCCGCUGUCUGCAUCGUCAGCAUCGUCGCCACCUCGGUCGGUGCCGUUGCCAUUGGAGCCGCUGGACGGUGUGGGGUCCGUGGUCCAGACGCACCACGACUCGUUCUUGCCCGCGAUUCUGGCGUGGGUUCGCGACGACAACCCGUUUUACGUCUCGUACGUUCGCGGGCAA